CCGAGUAAACAACAGAAAUUCUACGAUGUCUGGACGUGGCAAAGGAGGAAAAGUAAAGAGCAAGGCCAAGACUCGCUCAAGCAGAGCUGGACUACAAUUCCCAGUGGGCCGUAUUCAUCGUCUCCUGCGCAAAGGAAAUUAUGCCGAAAGAGUUGGCGCCGGAGCCCCUGUCUAUCUAGCAGCAGUGAUGGAGUAUCUCGCUGCUGAAGUAUUGGAGUUGGCAGGCAAUGCUGCUCGUGACAAUAAGAAGACUAGAAUUAUCCCGAGACAUUUGCAGUUGGCUAUUCGUAACGACGAGGAAUUAAAUAAACUGUUGUCUGGAGUUACGAUUGCACAAGGCGGUGUUCUUCCGAACAUUCAAGCUGUUCUGUUGCCGAAAAAAACUGAGAAAAGCAGCUCUUAAAUCGCUUAGCAAUA